AUGCAACAGUUCGACGUGGCCAUAGUUGGCCUUGGUGCCCUAGGGAGCGCGGCAGCAUGGCAAGCAUCUUUGAAGGGCUCAAAGGUAAUUGGAUUCGAGCAAUUUGAAUUGGGACAUGUACGUGGGGCAUCCCACGACACUUCACGCAUAGUCAGAACCUCGUACGAUGCGCCUGAGUACGUGGCACUAGCAAAGGCCGCCUACAGGGAUUGGGCACAUCUCGAGAAAGCAGCGGGGAUCAAACUAGUGACCAUAACGGGCGGCGUGGUGUUUCUUCCAAAGGACGGCGCUACCUCGGCCAAAGACUUCACCCAGAGCCUGGACGCCAAUAACGUUCCAUAUGAGCUUCUCAACGCUCAACAGGUUAAUAAACGUUGGCCUCAGUUUAACGUUGGCAACAACAUCGACACCGUCUACACUGCCGACACUGGUAUUGCCCAUGCCUCCAAGUCGGUAUCAGCUAUGCAGUCGAUGGCGCGAGCUCAGGGUGCGGUUUUAAAGGAGCUCACUCAAGUGCAGCGAAUUACACCACAACCAGCGGGCAAGGGCGUCAUUCUUGAGACUUCCAGAGGCCAGUUCCAGGCCAGCAAAGUAAUCCUCGCAUCAGAUGCCUGGACCAACAAGCUUCUUGCGCCACUAGGAGCAGAAAUUCCUUUGACUGUCAUGCAAGAGCAGGUAACUUACUAUAAGCCAUCAGAUCCGGCAAACUUUGAAGACGACAAAUUCCCAGUGUGGAUCACGAUCGACGAAAAGAACUACUAUGGCUUCCCAAGCUUCGGCGAGCCCACCAUCAAAGCGGCCCGCGACCGUUCAGAAAACCUGAUGACACCAGAGCAACGUACCUACGUUCACUCGCCAAAACUACUCAACGAAUUGACUUCAUUUGUGGACGACUUGAUACCUGAUGCGGGACGUGAGACACUUCGCACGGUAACUUGUCAGUACGCCAUUACCCCAGACCGUGAGUUCAUCAUCAGCCCACUGAAGAAGCACCCCGACGUGAUCGUGGCGCUUGGUGCAGGACAUGCCUUCAAGUUCGCUCCAGCCAUUGGUCGUGUGGCAGCGGAGUUGGCGAUAGACGGAAGGACUAAGGAAGAUAUCACGAGGUUCGGUAUUCGAGACGCGGCCGCACCCCUCCAGAGCAAGCUGUGA